AUGGACUCGGUUUCUGUACUGAAUAAGAAUUACUAUUCAUUACAAAUAAGUAAAUUCAAACCACAGGAUGGAGAUGUGACUUCAGUCUCAUCUGAUGUAUAUUCUCAGUUUGGAUCACAAAUGUCUUUGGAGCAUGUUAAAUAUGGAGACUCCAGGAACCAUUUUCCCAGGAGAUGCCUCUUAAUCACAUGUGUAAUCUUGCUCAUUCUUGGGGCAAUGGCAGCUGCUUUAGCCUGUGUGAUUAUAUUUGGAAUACCACCCAACCAGCUAACAACUCGAUUGUGUAAAACCACCUCAAACACAACUGGCUUUCUGUGCGAUGACCACAAAACCUGCAUCAUGUCCACACAGAUGUGCAAUGGCAAAGUAGACUGCAGCAAUGGAGAGGAUGAAUCAAACUUGUACUGUGGAGACCUACCUAAUAGCCUCCCCAGACAUUUAGUUUUUAUGUGUGACAACCAAAAAUCCUGGACCUAUAUGGACAAAAUGUGUGAUGGAAGAAAUCAUUGCGGAGACUGUUCAGAUGAAUCAGAAUUGCUGUGCCCUGCCUGCACUGGAUGGAAAUGUGUUACUGUCUUCUUCAAUGACUGUGACUGUAUACCGAAGAGUCGCUGCAGAGACAACUUUCAGGACUGCACUGACAUGAGCGAUGAAAAGAACUGUACAAAGUGA